AUGAAACCAAGUCUAUAAGUAUACACAGAUGAAGAUGAAGUUGUAUAAGAUGAACCCUGGAAAGAAUAUAUCGUUUAAUUUAAAGAUAUAAAGCAAAAAGGUCAUCAUAAAACAGACUAAGAUUUAUAACACAUGACAAGACUUGAACAAAACUUAUUUAACAUUGGUAAAGGUCCUAAACCUCAUCCUGACAAGGUCUAGUACAUCAGUAAGGCCAAAAGUAGUAUACUUAAACUCAAAAGAGAUUUGCAUUUCUUUUUUGCAGAUGAACAUGAGUUAAAUCUCUAGUGUAUUACUAUUCUGUUGCUUCAAAUAUUAGAAGAUUAUCCAUAUUUAUUCAAUGAUUGUUAAUAAUAGAUCCUUGAAAUGCUUACCUGCCUCACUUUAAAGGAUUAUACUUAAGUACUUCUAAUUAAUUCGAUAGCUUUGAAGGAAUACAUUAAAAAAUUAACGAAAGAAAUAUUUUUAGAUUCGACACAAUAUAAUCCAACUUGUGAAAUUCUCUUUCUAUUAAUUGUAAUGAUGAUCGCCCAUUUAGAUUUUAUCAAAAAUCCAGAAUUAGAAUUGGUUUAAUUAAUUGUCAAAUGCUUUUAACAUUAUCAGGAUUAAAGGGAUAAAACUUUAAGAGAAAGAGAACUCUUUGAACAAAGAAAAAAGUUUGAAAAAAAAAUAGUAAAAAAAUAAGGUAUCGAAGAAUUGGAAUUACCUCCUGAACUGAAAUACUUGCAAGUUCCGCAAGAAACCUGUCGAAUAUUAAAAUUAGGUUUGUCACUUAUUCCAAGUAACAUUUGUUAGAUGCCUUCCUCUUAUAAAUAUUAAUAAUCUGAAGAAAUAAUGAAAGAAACAUCCUUAAAUGUUUUUUUUUGCACAUUAAGCUUUAAGAUUAAAUAAACUCUUGUAUAAAUAAUAAAAGAAAAUAAAAGGGAUUUCGAUGUAGUAUAAAUGUUAGUAGAUAUGGCAGGAAUGCCAGAGUGUUUUACAUAGCAAAGAGAAGCAUUGAGAACAGUUAAUAUGUUCUUAGAGGGAUUUGAUGAUACAUUAUUGUGGAUUAAAUUUGAUUCUACAAAUCUGUUUGAUAAUAGUAAUUUGAACAAUGUAUUAACAUAUGGAGAUCCAACCAAAUUAACAAUAGAUUAAGGAUUGUUUUAUGAUGGUUGUGGUUGUUUUUUUGAUAAAAACUAAGUUCUAUAAUUAGAAGAACCAUUAAAAAUUAAUAAAAAAUAAAUAGCAGUAUCAUUUUGGAUGGUUAUGUUUAAUCCAGAAACCAGUAAGACAAGAGGCGCUUAGAACAACUAUUAGAUACGUACUUUAUUGGGCUCUAGUGAUGGAAUUACUUCUUUAAUUAUUUCAGAUUGUUAUUCAUAAUUGUUAGGAAUUACAAAUAUUAGUCAAGAUGGAUAUGGUUACAAAUUCUUUGAGCCAAAGAAUUCAGAAAAAAACUUUUCAGGUUGGAAUCAUGUUGUAGUCAUAUUUGAUAAUGAAUAAGAAUCCGCUUAUCUCUAUUUAAAUGGGUAUUAUGAAAGCUAAUUAAAUAAAGUGAAUACAUUAUUUGAUAUCUAAUUUAUUGGAAAUAGUGGUAAUCUUGAUUAGCCUAUCGGAUAUAUAUGUGAUUUAAGAAUAUAUCCUAAGAUCUUAAAUGAUUAGGAAAUCAAAAGUUUAUCAUCCUAUGAUAAAAAACAAGUGUUGCUUAAUAAUAAAAAUGAUUUAGUUGAUUAAAUUUUAAGUAACAAAAUUAUUUUGGAUUUGAAAAGAUUAUUAGGAUUGUUCACUAGUAAAAAUACUGAAGCAUUGAUAUAAACACUUCAAAUACUUUCAAAAUUAUGCUAAGCCACUACCAUUUUUAGAUUAGAAUGUGUUAAAUGUGGAAUCUUUGAUAUAGCUAUGCAAUUCUUACCAUCCCCAAAUUAGUAAUUAUCAUAUUAUGCUGGACUUUUAAUUAAUAAUAUGAAAUGA